AUGGGCCGGAACCCAACGAGAUAUCGGGCUCUGCUCCCGACCACUCCCCGCGGCGACCAACCCGCUGCAGGCCAAAUCGCGCCCUUGUUCCGCGCCUUAGACUCGAUACCAAAGCGGAAAUCUACAAGAAUCGCAUGCAAAGAGUGCCAUGAGAAGAAGAGAAAAUGCGACGGACGGAACCCUUCCUGCACCGCCUGUGUUCGUCAGGGGCAGCGAUGCACGUACCGAGCCCCGUCGACCACGUCAAAUGAGCUCCUGAGGGACGAGCUUGAGGAGCUCCGUGGUCGCUAUGAUACCUUAGAAUCGCUGGUCACCCAGCUUAGGGUUGCAACACCACCACGCGCGCUCGAGGCUCUCCGACAGCUGAGAGCGUCGCCUUCGGGUUUGCCAAUGGACCUGGACAAGGACAAAACCGUCCAGCAACCAGGUUUCUCAAGGAGCCCGAGUGCUGCAGUAGAUUCGCCUUCGACAGGUCUGGAAACUGCCACCUGCGUAGAGCCUUCAGAGGCCGGCGCUACCGCUCUAAACCAAGGGCCUUCCAUAGAAGAGCCGCGUCAUGUGGCCCUGGAGCAAAUAAUUCAAGGAGCUCGUUGUGAUCAGAUGAGUUGCGGGCUGGACCUCGACUCAGCCUUGUCUUCCGAUACCAGUGCCAUGCUUUUCAAGCAAGUUUCGGAUCCACGUCUCGCGGGUCUCGAUAUAUCCUUCUGGACGGUAGUCCCAGUCACGGAUCUUUUCGCCACGGAUGCUAUAUCGUCAUACCUCAGGAGUGAUCACCGAAUCUGGGAACUGUUUGACGCCGAUACUUUUCUCUCUGACCUUGUCAACCAGAAAUCAAAUUUCUGCUCUGCUUUCCUUGUCAACUGCCUCUUGGCAUUUGCAUCGCAAACGUAUGGGCCCGAUGAUCCAAGCGCCAUCACCAAGGGCUUCCAAUUUGAGGAGGAGGCUGGGAUCCUAUGGCAGGCUGAGGCGACACGGUUGGACUCAGAAACGGCAUUGACUGGGCUGAUCCUGCUCUAUCUUUGUUUCACGGCUCGCUGGGAGUCCAAUAACGCAGAUGAUUGCUUACGAGAAGUCUUUGAAAUGGCCGUAAGAAUGCGGUUGUUUGGGGUGGAGGAGAGGAUCUCGGAUACCGAAAUUUCUCUGCUCAAGGCAGACAGGCGGAGCGCCAUGAUCCAUGCUGCUUGGGGCGCUUUCAACACUAUGAGAAAGCGCCGGCUCGGCGAUGUGACGUCGCUCCCACCACUGGUGUCGACUCCGGGGAUGUUUUUGGCCCGCGAACCGGCUUCUGAAGAUUUUGGAGGCCACGCCAGGAAGAACGCCAGGAAGAAUGUUUAUACGUAUCGAGACCAACUGAAUCCCGCAUUGACAGUGCCGAGGUGGCCCUGUAUCGAUUUCCAGGCGUGGUUUGGACGUAUCCAUGAACCAAAAGCGAACGAGGCUUCGCCCCUGCAGUGCACCGAGGUACCUGGGGUAGGCUACUGCGUCUCGGUGCUGGAUUUCAUCAGCCUCGCAUCUCCAUACGUAAUCACGAAGGGCGGCGACAGGGACGUGGCCAUCAAUGCACCAGACGAGAUGUAUGCGGGCUCAGAUACCACCUCACAGGGACCAGGAGCUCUGUAA